AUGGAAAGGGUGUUGUCGCAAUUGAUUCUUGAAGAAGCUGAAUUGCCAAGCACUUUAAUCUUUGCCCUUGAUAGCACUGCGAGGAAGUAUUUUGAAGAUGACCUUAACUGCUCUACGGGGAAUAUGUCUAGUAUUCGAGCUAUGCUUAACGCCAGGGAUCAGAUCAAAGUUCUUUUUUUGAGCAAGUUGCAGUAUUUAUAUAUGUACUUGACGAAGUUCGAGGUAAGUGAGGUUAGUGAAAAACUCUCUUUUGGCAAUUUGAUCGUAUACGGCAUGGAUGAAGCUCUUGGCCCACGAGAAGAAAACUCCCUCACUGUUGCACAGAUCAGGUUGGCUAAUCUCAUAUUCAAUGUGGCUUUCAAGGUUAAGGAACGUUACCAAAUGAACGUUCAGUUCGUUUCGAGCUUGGAAGGCGACGGUGAUGAUGAUCUAGGUAGAUUGGAGCAGUAUUGGCGUGAAAUCACCUAG